GGGAACACGGACAGGUAGUCUCGGGGCGUGUCUUAACGUCUGGAUGGUUUUUAGGUGAUUUACGGAGUUUCUGUUAGACCACGGUGAGAAGAACCGAGAAGACAAACUCAAAAAUGGAUUUUAAGCUGAUUUUGUCGCUUCUGGUGUUUGUUUGCUGGUUUUCUGCCUCAAGUGCCUCAAGAGUAGGAGGAGGAGGUCGGAGUUUUUUGGGGCAGCCAAUCCACAACAACUCAAAUUCAGUUGAGAUCGGUAAGGAAGCACAAGCUGUACUAAAGAGCAGACUUACCACCGCCUUCUUCCCGGCCGUUUACAUCAUCGUGUUUGCGGUGGGACUUCCUGCGAACGGAAUGGCCGUGUGGGUGUUCCUGUUCAGGACCAAGAAGAAGCACCCUUCGUCUAUCUACAUGGCCAACCUGGCUCUGGCCGACCUACUUUUUGUCAUUUGGCUCCCUUUGAAAAUCGCAUACCACGUCAAUGGCAACAACUGGACCUACGGGGAGCCUUUGUGCAAAGUCCUAGUGAGCUUUUUCUAUGGGAACAUGUACUGCUCCAUCCUGUUCAUCACCUGCCUCAGCAUUCAGCGGUACUGGGUCGUGGCACACCCCAUGUCCCUUCAGAGGAAGAAUAAUAAAAUUGCCAUCGGUGUCAGUUUGGCCAUCUGGGCUUUCAUCUGGCUCAGCAGUACUCCUCUGUUUCUGUAUGAUCACACUGCCAAGCUCAGUACCCCCAACAUAACCACCUGCCAUGAUGUAAACGUCAAAACAGCCAACAGUGAAAAUCCAUUUGAAUACAUCAGAUUUCCAAUUGGCUAUUUUCUCUUCAUGGGUACAGUUGCCUUCUUCAUUCCUUGCGUCGUAAUCAUUGUGGCGUACUUCCUGUUGCUGAAAACUCUGAGGGAAAGCGCGGAGGAAAACUCAUCAAAAAACCGAAAGAAAGCCGUGGUGUUGAUUGUGACCGUCCUGGUGAUCUUCCUGGUGUGUUUCAUCCCCAGCAACAUCAUGCUGGUGGUGCAUUACGCCCUGCUGUCCAGUAAAGAACUGGAAUCAAGCGUGAUAGACGAGACGUACGGCUUUUACAUCUCCACUUUGUGUCUGGCGAGUCUCAACAGCUUCCUGGACCCGUUCGUCUACUACUUUGUGUCGGAGGAUUUUAGGGAGCACGUAAAGAACACUCUGCUGUGCAGGAGCAGCAGGACCGUGGAGAGGAUGAGGGUUUCCUUCAGCUCCAUGAAAUACUCCAAGAAGAGCAAGUCGUAUGUGUCUGAAUCAGGGACGACGCAGACCAGCAGCUGUUAGAGAUGUUUAUCUGGAUGCACUGAGACAGCUGAGCGGUUGUGGCGGACACCGUCACACGACCUCAGCAGAAAGCCAUAGAGAGAACCGACUGCACUUCCAUGCAGCUCACCAUACGAGCUGCUGCUUGCUAAAAUGUGAAUAGUUUGAUUUUAUGUCCUAAUCUGUAAAAACACGGAGAACUUCUGAAUGUUGUGCUUUUUUCAAUGUAGCUGGUUUAUUUACUGCAUUUGGUGACGAGUGAAAGCAGCAUGAUGUGAUUAACCGAGGAAGACAAACUGUUGUGAGACACAUUAUUUAUUUUUUUAUGCGCGCGUUUUGUAUUUUACUGUUUAUAGUUUCAUUUUAAAUCUCUUCAGCUAGAUGUGUAUAUAAAUAUUUUUAGUAGGAAAAUGAUGCUGUUACAUAUUUCCCUAAAUAAAUCGAAACGGAAAUAUACA